GGAACAAGCAACGUGGGGGGGGGGCUAGAGUUGACUGAAUCCACUGCGCUUGCUUGCUUGCUCACUUCACCAGCUUCCUCGUCCCCUGCUUGCCUUCCUUCUCUCUCUCUCUCUCUCUCUCUCUCUCAGUGUGUGUGUGUUUGUGAGUGUUUGUUUGUUUGUUUGUUUGUGUGUGUCUCUCUCUCUCUUUCUCCUUCCUUCUCAAGCCUUGUCACCAACACGCAUACGCGCAUCAAUACAUGCUCUACUGAGUUUGAGUUUUCCAUUCAAAGAAUCUCUCUGUCAUACGCGCUCUUCCCUUCUCUCCUCUUUCCCUUUCUUCUCCCCCUCUUUCUUCCUCUUCUUUCUGCGACAAUUUGUGACCUUGGACUAGCUGAAAUUUUCUGAAGGUUUUACGCUUCAGAUACCUCGUAGUUUAUUCUUUUUCCAAAGUCACACGGCGAAGAGGUGUAGAUGUGGGUGUUUAGUUCACGCUAGGCCGGUGAGAAAGCAUUUAAUUUUUAAUUUUUUAAUUUUUUUCUCUUGGGAGUUUAAGUCAGAAAGUGACACUGCAUCGGUGGUUCGGUAGUGGAGAUUUUUGGUUGUUGGAUUGGUGGGGAAGCUUGCGCAGCAGGUUGAUUUUGCACCAACGGCGAGUGUCUGUUGUUGGCGUUGUUGUUAUUACAGGUACAAAGAUACGUUUCUCAUUUUUCUUCCUGGUUUGCGGAGGAUUGUUUUAGAACAGGGUCUAAGCCUAUCUGUGGGGAAUUCCAUGCGAGUUGAUGAAAGGGGAGCAUUUUGGGGUUACUAAAGCAUCCUCGACGGAAUCCGGGACAAUAUUGCUCAUCAAACCAACGCCCUCGCGUCAGCAACCAACAUCGUCAUCGUCUAUGACCACUCACAAGGCCGACAGUCCCAUGAGCAUAGCCUCUAGUUUCCUGAACGACCAAGAUCCGGAGCAUGAAUUGAAAUCCUUCUCGCACCUCCUCGCAGGUGCCAUGUCCCCCACUGCCCCCUCCAACAACCCCACUACCUCUAACCCGGAGGAGAAACCUUCACCCUCUAUGGAUGCCGUGGGGAGCAACUCUCCUGCCCGAAGUUUCGCAGAGAGGCUGGCAGCGCGAGGAGCAGCAUCGAACAAGAGUGAGUCUGCCACUGAGGUCGGCACAGCCGCUCGACCACCUUCGACUAACAAUGGUAGUCGGUACAACAAUCGUCCACCCCCAUCCAGCCUCCCUCAUCCCCGAAGUGGGUCUGCUGGAGGAGGAGGAGGUGGAAAUGGCAGUUUUUUGACUAUCCCCCCGGGCCUUGUCUCUCCCACCACUCUGUUCGACCCCUCUCCUGUCAUGCUCACAAAUGCACAGUCCGAGCCGUCUCCAACGACGGGAUCAUUCUAUUAUAAUGGAGGAAUGCGUGCAUUGUCAAAUGGAUCCAAGGACAACCAGAAUGCUAAUCAAGGAAACCAAGGCUUCGUCUUUAAACCUCUCGGUGUCAAGACCGUCUCUCGAAACCAAAUGUCACAUCUGCCAAACCUGCAGCUUUUCGCUGGUAUGUCGCAACAACAAGCGCAGGUUAUGGCGCACAUGCAAAGCCGGCAGCAACAACAUCAACAACAACAGCAGCAGCAGCUACAGCAACAGCAACAGCAACUAUCAAAUCAGUCGUCGCAGAGAGCUGCAGUGGAGGCUGAGAAUUCUCAGGACUCAGAGCAAGAUAAUCAACCCCCACCUCCUAUGGCUGCUCCGACGAUCAUGGACAGGCCGUCCGAGGAUGGUUACAACUGGCGAAAGUAUGGACAGAAACAAGUAAAGGGCAGUGAGUAUCCUCGCAGCUACUACAAGUGCACGCAGACCAAUUGUCCGAUGAAGAAGAAGGUGGAACGGUCGCACGAUGGACAGGUGACAGAGAUUGUGUACAAAGGUGAUCACAACCACCCUAAGCCUCAGCCUACACGCCGCAUGGCCUUGAGUGGAGCGCAUUCUCUCUCCGAUGGGUUAUCUCGAGAUGGAGACGGUAACGACAGCAGGCCAGAUUCAUGGGUGGGAUUCCAAACACAGGGGCACGGCGGACCGUCAUCGGCGUCCGGCAGUGAUGAUGACGACGGUAGCAAACUUUCUAACGAGGAUGGCGACGAUGAUGAGCAGGACUCGAAACGAAGGAAGAGGAAUGAUAAUUCGAAGGAUGCAACCGCAGCGCCAAGGACUAUAAGAGAGCCGCGAGUAGUCGUGCAAACAACGAGUGAUGUAGAUAUUCUCGACGAUGGCUAUCGGUGGCGCAAGUAUGGCCAGAAGGUCGUCAAGGGCAACCCGCAUCCUCGGAGCUACUACAAGUGCACGAACGUCGGUUGCCCUGUGCGCAAGCACGUUGAACGAGCCUCCACCGACAUAAAAGCCGUGAUCACCACCUACGAAGGAAAACAUAACCAUGACGUCCCAGCAGCACGUAACAGCGGGCACGACAUGGCUGGUCCCGUAGGUCCACCUCCCACAGCGGCGGCUACAGCUCUACUAGACCAAGGUCUUCGCUAUGGCAGGCAAUUACCGGGCGGAUACGGUGACGUUCGCCGGGGGGAGAGCAUAGCUCAAGCCAUAAGCCUCAGGGACAGAAUGCGGAAGGACGACGACCUAUAUAAUACUGCGCCCAUCAGCAUGGGCUUGUCUUCCAAUGGAGACCAUCGGCAAGGCUCUCAAGCCAUGGACGGGUACCGGUCACAGAUAAUGUCAAGGCCAAAGCAGGAGCAGGGAGACACGAGCUCCCGGCCUUCGCAUCCCAAUCCCAACUCCUUGAUGUACCAACAAAACAUAGCGCAUAACAUAGCGCAAGGCCUGAGGCGUUGAUCGAAAACUUCUCUCCACCCUAUUGCCUGUCAAAUCACGCAACAUAUCCUUCCCACAUCUCUUGCUCCUCCCCCCCCUUGAGUCUGCUUUCAACCAUGGCACACCCGGUUUUGUUCGUCCUACACCCCUUCCAUUUCAGCACAUUGUGGCCACUCUGUACAUUUGUAGGUAGCCAUUAGAUACUCUCGAUAGAGCCUUUGCCUUGAAGUUCACGGCCUGCAGGCUCAGGCCGUGUGCAUUAUUUUUGACUAGGUAAAAGAGAGGCAUCCCCCUGUCUUCGGGGGAUGCAACCAAACUCAACCCAACGGAGACGGAGACAGUGACUCUCUUGGAUUUAUUGUAGAUUGAUUUCAUGCAGCACUUUGGCACACAACCAACCACGGACCUUGUACAUUGGGCUCAGGGAUUUGUAUGUCUCUGCUCUAUCAAGAGGAAGAAGAGGACAGGCAGGUGUAUUGCGAGUAUCUCCCACCACACAAUCACCCAGAGCACACUUCGAGGCGACCCUGCCAUAGCCAUGGCAGCAGCGGUGAUGGUGUAGAAGAAGAAGCCUAGUGUAAAUCCUCUCCCACGCCGCAACCAUAUGUGCUGUAAUCUUUGGCCCACAUCUUGCUUUCCUUGCGCGCAACGAAUGUGGGUGACAACGGGAUCGACGACUUUCAUUCAUUUUCUGCAACUUACGCGCUUCCGUCUCUCCUUUGCCGUGUGUGCGUGUGCCCCUAAUGGAGGGGUGCUCUUGUGUGUUGUUGGCAUGUGUUGUUUUAAAGUAGCUUCAACGUAAAAUUUAAGUAAUUGCAAUUCAUUUGUGUGUUUUGUAGUUUAGUUUUAUUUUUAUUUUUAACUAGCUUGAUCCUAGGAAUGUAGCAAUUACAUUGGUUUUAGAGGGUGAAUACAAAUAGAUUGGUGUUAGAAUAGUGUAAUUGUAAUUGAUGCCAUUGAAUUUGGAUGGAUUUUGAUGCAUAUAGAAAUUGAUGUUUUAUAGUUCUUAGCACUUCA